AUGGGACACUCGACUUUGUGGCAAUUGACAAUUCUUUUUACAUUUGCGCUUAUUUCUAUGGUACCGUCAAGACACAUUCAGAAUUCUCACUCGAAGAUUCAACAAGAUGCCUCAAAAUCUGGAAAGCCAGGGGAAUACUUAUGGUAUAAAACUGACUCUUCGCGAGCAGAAAUCAAAUUUGCGAGGAGUUUGAUAGCAAAAUCACACGAUUCAACGGAGAGUGAACAAAGUGGAGCACUUCCUUCUCUCGGAGAGGAGGACAUCAGUGGAAGUGCAGAAUCUUCGAGCGAGGACACCGGCAACUUACAGACAUCAGGGAGUGGCGGCUAUCCAACAAGUUACAUGGUGGACAUUCAAGAAAACACAAAUGUAGAGACCAGUUCAGUAGAACCUACUGGCGAAGCUUCAUUAGAUGAACAUAAGGCACCCGCAAAAAUUAAACAAGACAGAGAAGAGCAAAUUGAGAAAUCUCCUGGAAGAGCAGAUAAACCUUUAGGGAAAACAACAAAUGAACAAGUUAGCAGUGAGAGUGCUUACGGUGAAGAAAAGGCGUUAUUGAAAGAAGGCAGUGGUAAAGACAACAGCAAUGGAAACUAUAAAGAGGAGAAAAUCACGGCACCUGCUGUUGAAAAACAAGUAGUAAACCCAAAGAGAAGAAGUGAAAUUUCCCGCAAAUCGAAGGUGGAGAAAGAAGAUGGUGACAGCGAAUACGAAAAACUGUUUAGAGAUUUCGGGACAGAGGGAGACCUGGAUCCAGGCCUUGAAGAUGAUGACAGUGACUUGGAUGACUCGCUGAGCGACGAGGACACCAAACUUUUGAUAUCUGACGAAGAUGAAGACUCUAGUGGUGAAAGCAAGAGUUAUAUAAGCAGACCUGCUGAUAAGAGUAAAGUUAAACACAAAUCAUCGCAGUCAUCGAAGACGAAGGAGAUCCUCGCCAGACUCGACACUGAUGUUUUUAGGGGAAAUAACAGCGAAGAACACGAGAAAUUUUACAGGAAAAAACAUCCAGAUCAUACAGUUCGUCUUAAUAAUCAUUACGACAAAGUAGCAAACCAAACACUGAACAAAGAGGGCGAUGAAUCCAAGGCGUUGAGUCACCACGCUGUCGGUGGAAUAUUCAAUGGGAGUGUAAGCAAAGUAGUUUUAGAAGCAGAAUCGAACAAACGUAGUCGUGACGAGCAUCAUCACCAGGGAAAACAUGAUAACGAUCAACCUCGUCGUCAUCCUCCUCAUCAUCAUCGUCGCAAUGAUCGCCAUCAUCAUCAUCAUCGUCGACGUCACCAUCAUGAUAAACAUCACAAUAAGAAGGGAACUAAAGUACAAAAAGACAACGCUGGAGAAAACAAGGCUGCUGUACAUCAGGCAAAUUCCAGUGCUUCGUACGGCCGACCGUCCAUAUAUUACCCCUACCCAGCCCAGUACCCGGCAGUACAGCAGUUGUCCCCUUAUCAGUCCUAUGACGCGACGCCAAAGAGCGAGUAUGCGUACCAUUCAUUGCAGAAGGCGGAUAAUGAAGGCGCUGUGUGUCUGGAUGGAUCCACUCCUGGUUACUAUUUGAGGAAAGGAACGGGUAAAGGUACCAGGAAAUGGAUCAUCUAUCUGCAGGGCGGGGCUUGGUGCGAGACCAAGGAGUCGUGUUUGAGUAGAAGUCAAACAAACCUGGGCUCCACGCUCUUCUUAAAAUCUCUUGGCGAGCCUGGCGGAUUUUUAUCCAGCGACAAAGAAGAAAAUUCGAAAUUUUACAACUGGAAUAUUGCUUAUCUUCCCUACUGCGAUGGCUCGUCGUUCUCAGGCAACAGAGUAGAUCCCGUGGAAGUAGAAGGAUCCCUACUGUACUUCCGAGGAUUUCGAAUUUUGAAUUCCACUAUAUCUGAAUUAUUAUCUGACAAAGAUCUGGAUUCAGCAAGCCAUGUUGUAUUUUCUGGUACCUCGGCUGGUGGACUAGCAGUUAUGCUCCACGCGGACUUUGUGCGCUCUAGACUACCAAGAAAAGUUCACUUUCGCACUUUAGCAGAUUCAGGAUUUUUUCUGGACACAGGCUCCCAAAAAAGCAAGGGUGAGCGCAAAUUCCGAAAACAGAUGCAAUCUGUUUUCAAGCUUCAUGACUGCACGGAUGGCGUCCCUCAAAAAUGUGUCGAAAAAAUGCCCGGAAAAGAUCUUUGGAAAUGCAUCUUUCCACAAUACUUUUUACGAUAUGUCAAGAGUAAGAUAUUCAUUGUCAACCCUCUGUACGACUCCUGGCAGUUGGGCAAUAUUUGGGAAAUUGGAUGUGCUUCUAACCCGUAUACAUGUACAAAUAAAGAAGUGAAGCAGAUAAAAAAAUUCAAAAAAGCCACUUUAAAAGCCAUGAAAGAAUUCUUGAAUAGAUCGAAUAUUGGACUAUUUGCGGAUUCCUGUAUAGAUCAUGGCCAAGUAGUCUUUAGUAAUCGAUGGAAUGAGAUAAAAGUCAAAACAGCUGCCAAGGAUUGGUCAAUAUCAUCCUCCUUUAUUCGGUGGCUGCAACAUCCAAAGAAAAAACUUUUUAUCGAUGACUAUGACUACCCGGCAAAUCCAACAUGCGUCUCAAUCGACGUGGAUAAGCGCUCAGAGAUUUUAACAGAGGGUUUUUAG